CAUUCGUUUUGGUGCGAAGCUAUUACUUCACAAGUAUACAACCAUUAAUGAGCCGCGCAGCAAUCAGUAUUUUUGUUGUGUUUAGAAGUAGGCAACUAAUAUUAUUGUUCUGUGGAAGAUUGCUUUGGAUUGUGUGUUUUCGUUAUGUUUAGGCCACUAAAAUAGGCCUACUUUAUCAUAUGCGUCCACUUUACACUUCGAGUAAACUUUUCGCGCUGGACAAUGCCGUAAUGCAGGGAGUAGCAUUCCUCGCAUAGCGUUGAAGAGAAUCAACAGGGAGAGAAGGAAGCAGGGGUGGGGAAGUGUUGACUCCUGCGAAGGAAGUCAUAAAGUUGUCUCCUUUAGUGUGACCAACACAACGGUCAGGCUACGACUGCUGCAAGAAUUGACGGUAGUGCGUGGAGUAUUUUUGAGAGAGAGAGAUUCAACAAAAUCCAGACGAGCUAUUGCUGCUGUCCCUACAUGUCAAUCUGACAUUAUCUCUAGCACUAGAGAACCAAAGAUGAAUAUAAUACGGCACUGGAAUUAGGGUCCAAAGCAAAGCUUCUAAAUGGUUAUUUCCGAUUUCUUUGGUUAAUAUAUUUUUGAAGGAAUUUUCACCGAAAGGCAACUGGUCAAAGGUUGUGUCUCAUGUGUCGGUUACUGCCACGUUUAGAAUUGUCUGGGCUGACCAUGGCGUCUUCACGGAGGAGUUUUUCCUUAAAACAUCGGCUGAACGCUUACUAAUAGGUGGAACUUCAGUUUUGUAUCUCACACUCAACUGGUUAGUUAAAUUAGCAACCCAGGACCGCGCCUCGCCGAAUGGGCAUGUCUGUUUGAUUAUUCAGUUUGACAAGAGAGUGCCAACUAGUCGCACAAUGUGGGAUUGACGGCUGAGGAAUGGCAUCGGCGAUAUUCGAGGGCACAUCUUUGGUCAACAUGUUUGUGAAAGACUGUUGGGUUAACGGAAUCCGGAGACUUAUUAUAAGUCAGCGGGGCGAGGAAGAGGAAUUCUUUGAAAUUAGGACUGAGUGGUCAGACAGAAACAUUUUAUACUUGCAUAGAAGUUACUCCGAUUUCGGAAGACUCUUAAAAAGGCUUGUGGAAUGCUUUCCUGAGGACAGACGAACCCUGUCGAAGUCACCACUAAUAGAAGGGCUUGUGAAGAUUAAGGAAUCAAGUGAUAUUGAAGUGAAGCUGAACGAAGUGGAGAAGUUAUUGAAGAAUGCUAUCAACUUGCCUUGGAAGUAUUCCAGGUCAGAGGUUGUGCUAACUUUCUUUGAACGUUCACCACUUGAUCAAAUCCUAAGAAAUGAUAAUGUUCACAAGAUCCAGCCUUGCUUCCAAAGUCCAGUCAAAAUCUCUGAGAUCAUGAGAUCCAACGGCUUCUGUCUAGCCAAUACGGAGACCAUUGUGUUUGAUGAAAGCAUCCCCCAGGAGAAGGAGAGACCCUCAUCGACAGACUCAGCUGAGCAUUCGUAUGAUGACGACGUCAGAGAGUGCCUUCCUGCGGAGCCCGAGCUCAGUGAUGAGGAGCCUGAGGCCUACGUCACCAACCUGUCCUACUACCACCUGCUGCCCUUUGAGACGGACAUCCUGGAGUGAGAUAGACGCUGCUACACUCAAGCACCAUCUACUCCACGUGUCAGUGAAGCACCCAUUAGUGCUGUUCUCUCUCCUGGCUGAUUUUCAUUCAGUGAGCUUGGAUGACGUUGCAGGACAUUUGUAUGGAGGAAGCUGAGACGGUCCUCUACACCCUCGUUGUCUUGGCAUCAUUAUCUCAGAGGUCUACCUACGAGCCAAGGAACAUUCACAGACGAGCCUCAAUCAAGUCAUCCUCAUGGCCCCUCAGUGGUACGCAGACUAAGGGCUAAAUGGGAGAAGAGCGGUUUGUCAGGCCAUUUCUGGAGGAAGAAGGAAGGGUUGUGGAGGAUCAGUGCUUAUCUUGAUAGGAAAUCCUAAAAUAAGCUCCUAAGAUGAGAGAUUUUUAUUUAAUGUUAUGUAAUUUUAUUUUAGAUACCUGUCAGUCUCUCACAUGCAGGAGUUGUUGGACUUUCUCUGUCUUGGGAACUAUAAAGACACAAUCACACAGAUAUCUGGAAUUAACAAGCUUGCCUGAACUGCCCAGUCAGCUUCUGUAACUGUUGUAGCAUUAAAGAGCAUAUUCGUUUGGGGUGAAUGCCCUAAGCCAGAGGGCACCAAUUAGUAGGAAAUAAGCUUUUAUUGGAGGAUUGCAGCUUUACUCCUGCAGCCCCUGGAGUGCUGUUAUCUCAAAUGAUAACCAUUAAGCCAGCGCAUGCAGUCUGUGCAGCCGCAUGACAAAUCGAAGUUGCCCAGUUGUCUCACGUGAGUUGGCAGAGUUCUGAAAAAAAGGUUAGAUAACAUCAUCAACUCAUUGAUAUACAAGCACAGUGUUAAGUAGUUGAAACUGGACUAUUUGUGUAUUCACAUAUCUAUUAAACAUUCUCAUAGCUCUUGCAUAUACUUUUCUUAUUCAGUCAGAAAGGCUCUCCUUUUUCUGUAAAGAUCAAUUACUUUUCGCAAAGUGGAUUUGGAGGAUUUUGCAAGUGGUUCAGAUACUUUACACAACCCUAAACAAAUGCUCAGUUGGAACAAAUACAGUACCAAAAUGACCAAUGACCAUCACAGCUACAACUACUUGUCCUGUCAAGAUAGUCGUAUCAAAUAUUGGCAUUAGGUCUUGGCAUUAGGUCAACCCUCAGGUCAAACCUCAAACCAUAUCUCUUUCUGUGAGAGUUACUUGUUUAAUGUCUCAAUUUCAGAACAUUUGAAAAAAAUUUCAUUACUUUCAUCAGUAUUUGGUAAAAACAUUUCAGAGAUGUUUCUGACAUAUUUAAGGCACAUUCUGCUGCAGUCAUAUUUAGUUGAUAGUAGUUUAGAGUAGUUCUCAUGUUAUUUCUCCUCCACAUACAUUCUCUCAGCAUCAUUUGUGAAAGAGUACAAGUUAAAGGCAUGCUCUAAUAUUUGCCUGACAGUACCAUGUGCAGUUGUGGAAAUAUGUGGUUUUGUUGUUGAGAAGGCACCAGCCAGUCUGCAUGUUGGCAAAGUACUUCUGCUUCUUCCUACUUCCCCUCCAUUUCAUCCACUCAUGAGUCUGUUUAGUAACACAGUCAUGCCCCCUCUCUGGACUGUGGGAAAGCAUCGCUCUUUCUAAGAUGGAUUUGUUUCAAUGUGUGUGUGUGUGUGUGUACAUGUGUGCAUGCUUGAAUGUGUGACUUUCUUCUCUGUUCCUCCCAUCCUCUGUUUACAUCGUCUGUGGUUGAAAUUGUUGAAGGGGAGAUGAAACGCAUAGAAAAACAAUGGUCUGCAUUGUGCAGCGGAAAAUAAGCAAGGCUAUUGUGAAAUGAGUUGAUGAAUAAAGAUGGUUUGUGCAUAAUGUCUAGGAUGUAUAGUCGUUGAGGACAGUAUAUUAACUGGAACUUGGUGGGCAUGUGGGAAGGGUUUUUAUCUUGGGUCAAAUUCAUAAGCACAAGGAGCCCCCAUGCCAGAUUGCUUGUUGAUGAUCUAGCCUGCAAACUGCCCCGACUUGGGUAGUUAGGUUUCCUGAGCAUCACAGCCAUCGUAACCCACUACUCAUGCCUGCAGGGACACGUGGAUGUGACAGUUCAUCUCAGUAGCAAGCCAUGGGAAUGUUCAAGGGAAUUAUUGAAAUGGUCGACAGAUUUUUUUUUUUUAUGACAAUUGUUUUAUUUAAUACAAUGUGAAAGGAGAUAUUUAUUUUUGUAAUCACAAAAAUAGCCAGGUUUACAGUUAACCAGAGAAACAUUCUCACUUCUUGGAUCUUGGAGUGUUAUUAAUGGUGUUAAAUUAGAAUGAUGUAAAGGUUCUGAAUGAGUGCAACAAUGACAUUUGACAGGAGAUCAAUACCUAGAUGUGUCCAACAUUGUCUUCCAGGGGGGUUGAUUUCAUAAGCACUCAAGCUUAAUAGGCUAUUAAGUUUAUUUAUUUUAUCAGUUUUCAAAUUUCAGUGCUUCUGCCUGAAAGCAUUUGCAGGCAAUAAAUGUGUUAAAGCUUUAUUUGUAAUAAACUGUAUUUUUGGUGCUGGCUCCCCAU